UUUAUCUCAAGAUCUAUAACCAGGAAAAAUUAUUUCAAGAUCUACUUAUUAUCAUCAUUUCAUCCUUCCUUCUCCAAGAUCUUCCGCAUCAAAAUUCUUCAGCAGAAAUCUGGAAAAGCUUUUGUUUACAGACAAGACAAAACCCAACAAAUAUGACACAUCUUCAAAGAACAUAUCCUACAUCGAUGUCAAAAGGUAGAGCUAGCUUUCCAAAAGGCUUUCUCUUUGGAACUGCCUCUUCUUCAUACCAGUAUGAAGGAGCAGUCACUGAAGGUAAGAGAGGUCAAAGCAUGUGGGAUCAUUUCUCCAACAGAUUUCCUCACAGAAUCAGUGAUAAUAAAAACGGAAACGAAGCCGUCGAUUUCUUCCAUCGUUACAAGGAAGAUAUCAAGAGAAUGAAAGAUAUAAACAUGGAUUCUUUUAGACUCUCCAUUGCUUGGCCACGAGUUAUACCUUAUGGCAAAAGGGAGAGAGGAGUUAGUGAAGAAGGAAUUAAGUUUUACAAUGAUGUGAUAGAUGAACUCCUAGCCAAUGAAAUCACUCCUCUUGUUACAAUCUUUCAUUGGGACACUCCUCAGGAUCUUGAAGAUGAAUAUGGAGGUUUUCUAAGCGAACAGAUUAUAGAUGACUUUAGAGACUACGCGAGUCUCUGCUUCGAGAGAUUUGGGGAUAGAGUGAGUCUAUGGUGCACAUUGAAUGAGCCAUGGGUCUACAGUGUUGCUGGUUAUGACACAGGGAGAAAAGCGCCAGGACGAUGCUCCAAGUAUGUGAAUGGGGCUAGCACUGCUGGAAUGUCCGGAUACGAGGCUUAUAUCGUGAGCCAUAACAUGCUUCUAGCUCACGCGGAAGCUGUGCAAGUGUUUAGGAAAUGUGACAAUAUUAAAAAUGGACAAAUUGGAAUUGCGCAUAAUCCGCUUUGGUACGAGCCUUAUGAUCCGAGCGAUCCAGAUGAUGUAGAAGGAUGUAAUCGAGCUAUGGACUUCAUGAUUGGUUGGCAUCAUCAUCCGACAGCGUAUGGAGACUAUCCAGAAUCGAUGAAGAAAUCUUGCGGAGAUAGAUUACCGAGUUUUACUCCAGAACAAUCCAAGAAACUGAUAGGCUCUUGCGAUUACGUUGGUAUAAACUACUACAGCUCGCUUUUCGUAAAGAGUAUCAAAAACGUGGAUCCUACGCAACCCACUUGGAGAACUGAUCAAGGCGUAGAUUGGAUGAAAACCAACAUAGAUGGGAAACAAAUAGCGAAACAAGGAGGAUCAGAGUGGAGUUUCACAUACCCAACAGGACUCAGAAACGUUUUGAAGUAUAUGAAAAAGAAUUAUGAGAAUCCAAGGAUUAUCAUAACCGAGAACGGGUAUGGUGAAGUAGCGGAACAGAGUCAGGGUCUGUUUAUGUACAAUCCUUCAAUCGACACAGAGAGAUUGGAAUACAUAGAAGGACACAUCCACGCAAUUCAUCAAGCCAUUUAUGAAGAUGGAGUCAGAGUGGAAGGCUAUUACGUUUGGUCAUUGCUAGAUAACUUCGAGUGGAACAGUGGAUAUGGUGUGAGAUACGGUUUGUACUACAUUGAUUUCAAAGAUGGGCUUAAAAGAUUCCCGAAAAUGUCGGCUUUGUGGUUGAGAGAGUUCUUGAAGUUUGAUCAAGAAGACGAGUCUUCUUCUUCUUUGGCGUCUAACAAGGAAGAAAAGAAGGAGAGCUACGGGAAACAGCUAUUGCAUUCAGUUCAAGACAGUCAACUUGUCCAUUCGAUUAAAGACAGUGGUGCGUUACCCGCAGUUCUGGGGAGCUUGUUCGUUGUCACUGCAACUGUUGGUACUUCUCUGUUCUUCAAAGGCUCGAAUAAUUGAAAACAGAGUGUUAUGGAAAAAAACUGAAAGUGUGCAAAUUGUUGAGGAAGAAGAAUAUUUUAUGACUUGUAAACAUUCUUUUGUGGUUGUUCUGUGUUAUUGGGAACUUGUCUGAUCUAAACGAGUUUUACUCAUUCUACCCUUUUUUUUUCAAAAAA